CAGCCUUUUAUUUCAAUCAUUCAUUACAUAGGAGUCAGUGACAAUUCAAGGACACUGAAAAACAAAACUAUUCGAAAAUGAAUAAAUGAAAACAAUGUUGUUCAUUUUGGAGUGUGCUACCAUUUCCUUAUUAAGUGAUGACUUUUCUCAUAUUAAGCAACAAUUAUUUUUAUUACUUUGGAAAAAAUGAAGUGUACGAAUUGACUUGAAUGCACCACUUCGCCGUAAAAAACCGUUUAGAAGUCCAACUGAGGAGGAACAGGGGAGCCGGAUCUUGACACAACACCUGUAUUGUAGUACAGCUUGUUCCCACAGCCGAGCGCUUCUUCUUCCCGAUGCCGCAAAAAACAGGCGACAGCCGUCCCGUUUCCGCCCGCACUGCUUCAGCGGCAGCUGUUGCCGUUGCAGCAACAGCUAACGGGUCGCUGACACGCCGUCAAAACGGCUCUCGGCGCAGCGUCCAGCGGCGUGUCACAUUUGACCCGGCCGCUGCUGCCGUUAGCCUGGCAGCAGCGUUAGCUUAACCGCAGCAGCGAAACGGCCAUAUAUACAGUGAACCACGACGUCACAAAUAAGCAGCAACAAAACAGCGGUGGCAAACUAGUUUUUUCCCCCUCUCUCUCUAUCUCUCUGUCCAAUGCGGACUUUUUGUCGGCUUGUUCCAGGCGCAGUGAGUUCGCAGAGGUUCAGCGGUCGCUGGCGGCGGAGGCGGCGGCAGCGAUGUUGCUGUGCGCGAGGGCAACCCGCCUACUGGGAAGAGGGAAAACUUUGCUCCCUGAGCCACUCAAGAGGCUCGCUGUGAACAUGUCGUCGUCCUCCUCCGCUGCCGGUAAGAGGCUGCGGGUCCUUGUCGACAUGGACGGAGUGCUGGCGGACUUCGAGGGGGGCUUCCUGAAGAAAUACAGGGCCAGGUACCCGGAGGAGCCCUUCAUCACCCUGGACGACAGGAGAGGCUUUUGGGUGUCGUCGCAGUACGGGCAGCUCAGGUCCGACCUCUGUGAAAAAGCCAUCAGUAUCUGGGAGUCCAAAAACUUCUUCUUAGAUUUGGAUCCUCUGCCUGGAGGAGUGGAGGCGGUGAAGGAAAUGGCCAAGAUGGAUGACACAGAUGUCUUUCUUUGCACCAGCCCCAUUAAACAUUACAAACACUGCCCAUAUGAAAAGUACGCCUGGGUGGAGAAGCACUUAGGCUGCGACUUUCUGGAGCAGGUCAUUCUGACCAGAGAUAAAACCCUAAUUGCCGGUGACCUCCUCAUAGACGACAAGCCUGACAUUCAAGGUGUGGAGUCCAGACCAGCCUGGGAACACAUCCUGUUCACCGCCUGCCACAACAAGCAUCUGUCCAUCGGUCCCUCCCAGAGACGGCUCCUGUCUUGGUCUGAUGACUGGAGGGGCAUCCUGGACAGCAAAAGGAAGUGAGGGACGCCACUCAGUCCUCUGCAUCAUAGUAACCGGGGCAACCGGAACGCAAGACUGAUCGUCCCACGCAACAAUGUCAAUUGACCAGCAUUUCCUUCCCUUGUUUCUGAAGAAAACUGUGGAGUUGUUGGGAGAGAAGAGAAAGUUCACUAAUUUCACCACUAGAGGGCAGCAUGACACAGGCCAACCACACUUCCACUGAGCAACUCUAAAUAACCGCAUGUCGUUUUUUUAACAGGGCCAGACCGCAUUGAUGGAAGUUGUUGGUAUUGCCCUCCUGUGGUUUCUAAAUUUGGACCUUUCUGCUCAGAAUCCAUCUGGUUUUGUUUUUGGCCUACUGUAGUGGUUUAUUCAUAUCCUCAUUACAAAAGGCCUGUCCCAUAAAAGUGUCCAUGCACUGUGAUUCCCACACAAACAUCAGGGCACUCCACCACCCAGGAAAAUGAACAAGCAGAGCCAUAAGAGCUGGAGUGUGACAUCAGAGCUGGGAUUACGUUAACGGUUAUUGUUGGUACUUAUUUUACCUCUACUUAAGUGAAACGCCACUGUAACGUACAGAAAUUUACAUCCACUCGUCACUGGCAUGCAUGUUUUACUUUUAAAGUUACAUUUAAAUAUGACCGUAUAGAAAAAGAAAUGAAAAGUUUGGCACCCCGGACCUGGUUUUUUGAUAUCCUCCAUAAAUUAAGAAAACAAACAAAAAAAAAAAGACUCAUCUGAUUGAGGUUGAGCGUCUGCUUCUCCAAGUUUUUCAAAUUUUUCAUAUUGACCUCAAAUCCACAAUUAGGUGGUUAAGAGAUUAAUACCAACAGUUGUUCCAACAUUUGAGAAAAUCCAUAAUAAAAUCAAACUUCGACCAAAAAAAGAAGAAUGUUGAAAAUUUGUCACUGAAAGCCCUAAAUGAGCAUAAAAUCGAUGCCAGAGAUGAAGGUAUGUAAACUUCUGACCACCACUGGAAAGGCAGAUGAUGUGGAGGAAAGUUUUGUUUUUAUUCUAUUUAAAAAUGACAACUUUGGUGCUCUUAUUUUAAUUUUUUCUUCAGCAUUUCACAAUGAUCUAUGCAUCUCACCUCACUGACUGAGGGAAAACGUACUCGCACAUACAUGUUGCCAAAAAAAAAACCACACGAACAAAAACAGCCACUCAAAACUUCUGUUCUUUGAAAAGUUUUCCUAUUCCAAUCUAUUACAUAAAAUAGAAUAGUUAGAAAUUCCCAGUCAUUUUUCAGUUAAAUGUUCCACAUGAGAUGUCCUGUGUGUAUUUUUAUACUGUAGUGUGUUUACAUUCGCACAUCAGAGUAGAUGGAGGCUAGAGGGCAGAAGCCUUGCCCUAACUCCAAAGUGUUAGAUUUAUUCAAGUAAGACGAUUUUUGAGUCUCAAAACAUUUCAGAACGAAGCUGCCGCAAAGCGACACAAACCUUUUUUCGCUUCGCUGUUCGGAGGAGCUUGUUGCUCUCCGUCGUCAACGUUUUGAGGAAAUAUACCCGUUAGGUUUGUGCCUGGUUCGAUCUCCCACUUCAAAUCGGUUUCUGUCUCUUCUGUUUUACCGCAUUGUUUUGCCCACCUGCAGCCAGUAAAAAAAUAAAUAAAGGUCACUUUACCACGUC